GUCAUGAUUUUGCAGACACGCAAUCAUCACCAUUACCGCAACCCUUUGCAUUUCCUUUCCAACCUCCCGCGGCGAUUUCCUCUUCGAUCUCCGCUUCGCGCCUCUGCUCGCUUCGUCGAUUCCAUAGUCCGUUUGCGUUUCGCUCGCCGAUCAUGAGUAAUACUGAAAAAGGCAAUUUCGAUAUGUCCGAGCUCGAUUCCUCCCUCCCCGCCGCCGCCGCCGCUUUGAGCCCCGAGGAUCGCGCUGUUUUGGUCAAUGACCUUAAGAAUAAGCUGCAGAAUCUGGCUGGGCGGCACGCCGACGUCCUGGAGACGCUGACGCCCAAAGUGCGGACGCGUGUGGAGGAGUUAAGGAAGAUUCAGAGCCAACAUGAUGAACUAGAAGCAAAGUUUCUUGAGGAGAAAGCAGCACUGGAAGCUAAAUACCAGAAACUUUACGAGCCAUUAUACACGAAGCGAUUCGAAAUUGUGAACGGUGUUGUGGAAGUUGAAGGAGUGACUGAGGGUUCAACGGAACAGGGCGAGGCCCAGGCAAAUGAAGGUAAAGGUGUGCCCGACUUCUGGCUGACAGCAUUGAAGGCUAAUGAUUUAUUGUCCCAGGAGAUCACGGAGCGAGAUGAAGAAGCCUUGAAGUAUCUCAAGGAUAUAAAGUGGUCCAGCCUUGAUGAUUCCAAGGGCUUUAAGCUUGAGUUUCACUUCGAUACUAAUCCAUUUUUCAAGAAUUCCGUGCUCACCAAAACAUACCAUAUGGUUGAUGACAUCGAACCCAUUCUAGAGAAGGCAAUAGGCACACAUAUUGAAUGGUAUCCGGGAAAAUGCUUGACUCAGAAAGUUUUGAAGAAAAAGCCAAAGAAGGGGGCGAAGGAUGCAAAGCCAAUUAUAAAAACUGAAAAGUGCGAUAGCUUUUUCAAUUUCUUCAGCCCUCCUGAUAUUCCUGGCGAUGGAGACGACAUCGAUGAGGAUGAGGUUGACGAUCUUCAGAAUAUAUUGGAACAAGACUAUGACAUAGGAUCCAUAAUUCGAGACAAAAUCAUCCCUCGCGCCGUCUCAUGGUACACCGGGGAAGCUGUUGAAGUAGAUGACAUUGACGAUGAAGAUGACGAUGAUGACAACGACGAUGAUGAAGACGAGGAUGACGAUGAGGAUGAAGAAGAUGACGACGGAGACAAGGCCGACAGCCAGAGGAAGAAAGACAACUGAGGUCAGUCGGCACAGAGACCGGCUUUGGUGUAUGCAAGCAACAUUAUGGUUUCAGGCAAGUUCACGAGGUUUUACACGAUUCGAUGGUGUCGUCGAUGACGACUUCGAGUUGUCCUAAGUCUGUUACAUGCUUUGUUCAUGAAUGGGGUUUGGUUUUACGGUUGUGGAGUGGAAUUGUGUUCAGUUCUUGAGUCGUUACAUGAGCAUUGUAACGUAUAUAUAUAUAUAUAUAUAUAUAUAUGCUGUUUUAUCUCAUCCAUAUUUAUACUCAAAAACAGCAUACGCUGCUGCGGUUGUGUA